UCGAUCGGCUGGCCCUCGAGAUAGCCAAAGCCGGGGCGGGGCCAGCUGGGCACGGCACGAGAUCCCUCCCCCCCUCCUUUCCUUCCUUCCUCCCCUCCCCUCGUCGGCCGUUCCUUUCUCGGAUCUGCCUGUCCGCCCCCACACCCCUCCCCCCCUCCCAUUCCCCUCCCGCUCGGCCCGGCGAGCAGCGUCGCCUCCCGUCCCGUCCCGUCCCCUCCCGGUAAGCGAAGCCAAGCGUCGACGAGGUCUUCUGUUCUGAUCCGCGUGGGUUGCUCAUUGGCCGGGUCAUCGAUCGGGGUCCGCGGGAGGAGAGGCGGCGACGGGGAGGAAGGAAGGGAGGCGGCGAUGGCGCACCGGGUGGACAACGAGUACGACUACCUCUUCAAGAUCGUGCUCAUCGGCGACUCCGGCGUCGGCAAGUCCAACAUCCUCUCCCGCUUCACCCGCAACGAGUUCUGCCUCGAGUCCAAGUCCACCAUCGGCGUCGAGUUCGCCACCCGGACCCUCCAGAUAGAAGGAAAGACUGUGAAGGCACAGAUAUGGGACACGGCUGGUCAGGAGAGAUACCGUGCAAUUACUAGUGCUUAUUACAGGGGUGCUGUUGGAGCACUCCUAGUCUUUGACAUAACGAAGAGGCAGACCUUCGACAAUGUUCAGAGGUGGCUCCGUGAGCUCCGGGAUCAUGCAGAUGCCAACAUUGUUGUCAUGAUGGUCGGGAACAAGUCAGACUUGAACCACUUAAGAUCGGUUCCUGAGGAAGACAGCCAAGCAUUCUCUGAGAAAGAAGGCCUCUCUUUCCUUGAGACCUCUGCACUGGAGGCAAUCAAUGUGGAGAAGGCAUUCCAUACUGUGCUGAGUGAAAUUCACCAGAUUGUAAGCAAAAAAGCACUUGCAGCACAGGAGUCCGCUGCUGCCAACGGGCGUUCGAUGCAAGGAACGACUAUUAACGUUGCUGAACCAUCCACCAACGCAAAAGGUUCUUGCUGUUCCAGUUGAAGAACUGGUUCCAGUGGAAGUGAUUCUUGUCGGAAACUUUUGUUUUCGCAGAACUGGACCAUGACAUACAUAGGUUAUAGUUUGGUCUCAGAUAUUCUUGUUUCUCAUCCUGAAUCCCAUGACUGGUAAUUCCUAUCGCAAGAACACCUUUACCAUACUCUAUAACCUGCCUCUCCAUCAAAUCAUUCCCAUUUUGUAUUCUUAUAACUAUCAUCGAUUUCACUUGUACAAUCGAGAAAUCGAACAACAUGUUGUAACAAUGAUUAUUUCCUGUUAACAACAAUAAUAAUUGUCAAUGGAAUUAUUAUGCUCUUGAAUUUCGUUAA